AUGAAAUCUUUAAUUCCUUGUUAAAAACAUGAAGGUAGCUAUUUACACUUUAUUAUUUAUUCAAAAUAAAAAGCAGAGUAUCUAUGUGAACUAUGCUAAUUGGAACUAGAUAAUAGUGAAGUUAAAAAUGAUUCGUAGUUAAUCCAUAUUAGGAGUGUAUGAUUUCAUACUAUUUUAUUAAAGGCAUUUAAUUCAUCUGAAUAUUUAUUAUCAAAACUCAAUUUGGAUACUUAACUAAAUCAAUAUUUUACAGAAUUAGAUGAAAAAAAUGAGAAAAAAAUUAAUAAUAUAUUAUAAGACCUUAAAGUUUAAAUAAAAAAUCUUUAAAAUAAUCUAUAAGCAAUUGAAAAAGAAUUAGAUUAGCAUCAAAAAUGCUUUUUAGACAAAAAAAAGAAAAUUAAAAAUAGAUUAAAUCUUGUAAUUCGUUUACUUAAAAUUAUAGGCUAUUUAAUUCGAUUAAUUUAAGUAAUUCAUAUUGAACCUUUAGUAAUUAGGAGAUGCAAUUAAUCCUUAAGCUAUUGAAGAAAAUGAAAAAAAAUUGCAUCAAUAUUUUUAAGAUCUUAAAAAAAAUGAUUCUAAAGACUUGAAUUAAACUGUGGAAAAUAUUUUAAUUGAAAUACUAUAGCCAAAAGAUCAAAUGGAUGAAUAAUAUCCAUAAAUCAAAAAAUUAGAAGAAUAGUUGUAGUUGUUCAGAAAUAGUUAAAUUGAGUUUUAAAAAUAGAUAAGGAAAAUGAAUGACGGUACAAGAAUAAGAAGUAUUUUGUUGUUAAGAUCUUUUUCAAGAAAAGUUGAAAAUUAGAUUUCAUCAAAAUUGAAUAAGAUAAUAUUAAGCCUUUAACAAGUAUAUUUUAGUUCAAGUGAUGGAUUAAAUGGAUAAACUUUUUGGAAUAAAAUAAAUGGUAAAUCUAAUUUAUUAAUGAUAUUUAAAUCUAAAAGUGGAAAUAUUUUUGGUGGAUUUUCUCCAUGUUAAUGGUAGUUAAAUUUGAAUAAUUAUGUUUAAGAUAAUUCAUUGUCAUCAUUUUUAUUUUCAUAGACUCAUGAUUAAAUAUAUCCAUUAAAAGAAGCACAUAAGCAGUAUGCUAUUUAUUGUAAUUCAACACAUAUACCUUGUUUUGGUUAUAAUGGAGAUUUAUAUAUAUAUUAAGAUUUAAAUUAAGGUCAUUCUACAUUAGGUAUUUCUUAUCAAUGGGAUUAAUAUCAAAAUUUAAAUCCUAAAAGUAGCCAUUUAUAUGGUUAAAUAACUCCAAAUAUAUAAGAAUGUGAGAUUUAUUAAGUAAUAUUUAGUUGA